GAUGAUUUAUAAAAAUGAUAUCAUAAAAAUUUUAUAAAAAGAUUAUGAUGAUGGGUAAUAUGUUGAUAAUGUGUUAAUAAUCAUAGCUAAAUAAAUCUCUAUGGAUUUAGGAUAAGUUAAAGAGAGUAUGCAUACAAAUUCUUAAAUUAAAAGCGGUGUAUUAAAGAAAUGGAGCUUGAUAACUUUAUGAUGAUAAAAAGCCUUACUUAAAAAAGAUUUGCAGAAUUCUUAGUUUUUAAAUUAG